AUGCCAGCCGCCAAGGUGAAGCCCGACGUCAUUUCCUUCACGUCGGCCAUUCACGCGUGCGCUGGUCCGACAGGGAACUGGGAAAAAGCUUACCAGCUGUUGGACGCCAUGUGGCAGGACCCCGAAGGAGCGAAGCCCAGCAAGCACACGUACGACCUCGUCAUACAGGCGUGCGGCCACGGCGGAGAGUGGGAGCUCGGGGUGACCCUGAUAGACGACAUGCGCGACCUGGGCAUCAAACCGGACGCGCAGACGUUCAACAUGGCCGUCACGGCCUGCGCGCGGUCGGGGGAAAGGCUCGCCGCGGAGACGCUCGUGGCGAACAUGCGGAACGCCCGCGUGGUCCCCGACGAGUUCACCUACGCCUCCCUCGUGGCAGCUUGCGGCCGCGCCAAGGAGUGGAAGCGAGCGACCGAAAUAUUCGACCAGGCGCGGUAUGUGCACCGCAUCCGCCCCUCGCUGCAGAUCUACGGCGCCCUCCUCGGCGCGCUCGCCGAGGGGGAGCGGUGGGCGGACGUACUGGUGUACCUCGACAGGAUGGUGGCCGACGGCGUCGCUCGCGACGCGGCGGCGACAAACACCGCCGUUCUCGCCGCCGCCGAGCUCGGGGACGGUCGUCGGGCGCUCUCUCUACUGGAAGGAGGAGAAGGGUCGCAGCAGCGAGGAGGACGGCAAAGGGGAGUGGCGAGGGAUGUGGUUGGCGAGGAAGGCGGCGGCAGCGAUAACCGACAGCUUUGCGAUGGCCUACAACGACGACGUCGACCGGCGGGAGUCGACGAGGGGGAUGGUAUCCGCGGCGUAGUGCUCGGACAGGGGGAACUUGAGGGAGAGCCAGAGGCGUUGCUCGAGAGGAGGCAACGUGCAGCGACUGCAGGCGGAGAGAAGAGACACGGGGAAGAGUCAGAAGUACGAGCGCGGACGAGAAUCAGGUCUUCUUCGGAAGCAGCGGGAGAACGUCAAGGGGUUGUUGCCGAUGAAAAUGGUGUUGACGAAGAGGCUCAAGAUGGGACGAGAAGGACAGAGAGAGACAGCGACUCGGUGGACGAUGGUGUAGGAGGAGGUUGGGAAGGGGUAACGCCCGGCCUGCUGAACUCAGUGCUUCGUGCUCUGGACGAGCAGGACGAGGACUCCGCCGUCCUCGAGGCCGUGAAACGUGGGCGAGAGAAAGGAAUUUUGCUGAACCAGAGCAUUUACAGGUGCGCCCUGAAGGCGUGCGGAAAUCUGGGAGACUACCAGCAGGCGAACGAUAUUUUGGUGCGAAUGGCGGAGGAAAGUCUAACGCCGGACAUCGUGCACUGGAACCACGCUCUCCGCGCCUCGGCUGCGUGCGCUCGGUGGCAAGAGACACGGUUGCGCUUGCAGGAGAUGGAGACCUUCGGGUCAACCCCGGACGAGUUCAGUUACAGCAUGGCGCUCAAGGCAUGCAGCGCUGGCCUGUGGUCCGGCGACUCUUGGUGCGAUAGCCGUGGGUGGGGGGCAGAGGAAGAUACAUCCUCUUCCCGACGUAGGAACGCUUUGAGCAGCGAGGGUCAGCUGGAUAGCAGCGGAGACAAGCAAGAACCCAAGGUGCCGCAAGCCUGUAGAGGAAAAAGCGCUAUCGAGUUGCUGCAAGAAAUGAAACAGAGAGGCGUUCGGCUGAGCGCGCACGCUUACACUCUUGCCAUGGCGGCGUGUCUCGAGGGUCACCGCGACAGACACCCAGAACUCGAAGCCGGGCUUGACAAGGAAAAGGGUCCGCCCUCGGCGGAUCUUCGGCUUGCAGAGGCUACGCUCUUGCUUUUCGAUCGGUUGGUGGCGGCGGGCGAAACACCUACCGCAGAUGCGUACGCCCAUGCGUUGAAGGCAUGUGCACGCACGGCGAAUCCUCAGCGGGCGAACGCCCUGUUCUGGGUCAUGCUGGACGACGCCUCUCCUCCUGCCGCCGUGCGAACCUCCUCCACCGCGUCCUCCCUGUGCAACGGCGCCUCUGGCGAUCACGUUGCCAGUGGCCAACGGCGACAUUCGCCGCCGCCGUCCCCGCCGCAGCCCCGCCCGGAGGUGCGCCCGUGGCACCUGGCGAGCACCAUCGUGGCCUACGACGCGGCAGGGGACUGGGCCGGCGCCAAGCAGCUGUGGGACGAGGCAUUACGCCGGGGAGUGUCUCCGCGGAGCCCCGGAUACGACGCUGCCGUCUCGGCCGCCUUGCGGGCGGGAGACACUGCUGCCGCGCGCCAACUUGUUGAGGAGGCGCGAGGGCUGAGGCUCGAGCUCGCUCGGGGCUACGAGGGAGGUUGA